AGUUUUACCAACAUGAACUUGAUCUCUGCGUUUGGAGUUUUCCUUGCUGCGGCCAUGGUGUCUGCGGAUCUGUCAAUACAGGAGGAAAAGUGCAUGAAAGAGGAGGGCGCAACGGUCGACGAUGUUGAGGCGUUCCGCGCGGCCAAAAUGCCGGAAACUCGCGUCCAGAAGUGUUACUACGGCUGUCUUUUUCAAGCGCUUGGAUAUUUGGACGCAGAGGGCAAGCGGUUCAACAGCGAGGGUUUCCUCAAGACCACACUUCCGAUGGCCGCAAACAACGAGAAACACACGCAGGGUGCACAGAUUGGCCAAACAGUGCGAGGGUGUGGCCAACGAGGACCGCUGUGAGCUGGGGGAGGACCUAAUGGCGUGCCUUAAGGAUCGUGGUUAGAAAUGGAUCAUUUUGUAAUACCAAUAUAGUUGAGCUGAGUUGUGAUACAAA